UCUUUGAUUUGAGUGAGCUUCUUGAACAAAUUACAAAUUCAUACUAGAACUUGAUGAUUCUUGACAUGUAGUCCCAACACCCAAUUGAAAUCCAAGUCUUUAUAGUCGUCCACUGGAGUUCCAGCAAGUUUAAACUUUGACUCACGCAGACGCAGUUACAAGUUGGGUUUCAGAAAAAGUUAUCAAAAUUUGGAAUAUCAAACCCACACAAAAAAAGAGCCAGAAAUCUCAAAAUGGAAUGUUGGGUACCAUUGUUUGAGAUAUUCUUGAACUCCCCUUGUCCAGAAACCCAAGCAUCUCUAUGGUUACAACAAUCUUUCAACCAGCCUGGCCCCACCACCAUUUCAACAUCCUCCUUCCUUUCACUCCUCACCAAACCAACCCACAUCACCAUAACAGAUUCUUCUUCUCCAUCUCAUACAAAACGGGUUAUGUGGAUACAGACUCUACCAAAUGCAGUUCAAGCCCGUGUUUUGUCGUUUCUUCAUUAUGAUUGCCGGAGAUUUUGUGAAAGCGAAUUGUGUCAGCUCGCAGAAACUAUGUUGAAGGAGGGCGAAAAGCUUGAUUUUUGGGUAAAGCGGGCUGCACAUCAGUUGCUUGACGUUGUGUCUAGGUCAAACUACGAAUGGUUUUCUAGCUUGAACUUGGAUUCUGAAGAAGAACAAGUGGAGAAUGAGUUUAGGUCAUUACCCGAUUGGCUUAAGGAUGAUGUCGAUGAAACUGAUUUGAUGCUUCCGUGGCUGCCUAUAUCGCAGAAACAGUUCAACUUGGCGAUGCAAUUCAGUAGUUGUGGAGAAAAUGAUGAUCCUAUGAUUGAAUUUGAAGAAGGUAAACGAGAAAUUGUGGAACAAGUGAUUGAGGAGGUUGAUGAAGUGAUUAAGGAGGUAGAUGAGUUCUUGAACCCUCAAGUUGAAGAACUGGUGGAGCGCUUGAAAGACCGGUUGUUGUCUCUUCAGUCUACUUCUAAGGCUGUGGAAUUGGCUGGGGAAAUUCGGGAACUUUGUAAAGGAGGGAGUCAGUCUCUGGCUAUUUUGGGUAAAAUUGAACCUUGGAGAGCUGAUGAUGAGAUUACUUCAGUUUUAGUGUCCAAUCUUCUAGACGGGAAUGAAGAUGAACUUGGUUGGCGGAGUCACAUUCUUUGUUCUGUUAUUCUUCCCAAGUUGUUGGUUUUGAAAGAACCAGCUUCUCGUGUGUUACUAACGGCAACAAUAGAGUACUGUAAAAUUCAUCAGCGAGCUGCAGAGUAUGCACUGCUAUUGCCCCUGAUACUUAGAACAGAAGGCAUAAAUAGCCCUAUUUGUAAUGUGCUAACACGGAUAGUCACAGAAUCUUUGCACCAAGGCCAUGUUUCUGCCUUCUGCCAGAAACUUCUCAGUAACGAGGACGAUCUGAAGAAAUUCAUCUGCCUUCCCUGUCAUCAGUCCUUAAUUGGCAGUAAAUUGGUAUGGACGGAUUCAUUAUUCAAUUUGAUGCAAAAUAUCCUAAAUCAUAACAUUCAUUUGACGCAAGACUCAAUCGAUAGACUUGUUCAGCAUGCUUGGGAAUCUGCUGACAGGUUUUCAAAGUCUUUGAAAUUUGGAAACUUCCUAUUAUGUUUUGUCACCAAAUGUGCUCCUAUGUUGAAAUCUCAAAAAUCCUUACUCACAGAAGCCACUCAGCAUACAAAUACUCUGGUGACCAAAUCUGUGUUGUCAAAAUUGUCUACUUUGUAAGUGGUUCUAUACCUUGUUAAACGAAGAGCUUCGUGAAGUGCAUUAUUGUUCCCUGA